CUGUUAUUUGAAGGCGUUUGCGAGUUGCGACGGUCAUUACUCAUUUUGCAGUUUAGUGUUUACUGUUUAGUGAUCAUUCGUCCGUUCGUUGGGUGCGAUCGUCUCGUUCCUAUCCCGUGCCGCGAUACUCCCUCGAUUGUACAUCGCGUUUUCGUGUAUAUUAUUCCGAUUUUGCUGCCCAAAUUAUCACAUACUUGCCCGUUGGCUUUGCGUGCUGUGCACGGGCUUGAAUUCCGUUCUGCUCGUGACCGUAUGAUAUUAUCGACGUCUACGGCCAAACGAUAUUAUUAAAUCGCAUUUCAUAUUCAUAAUAAUAUACACUACGCUUUAGACGCGACUCCGCCGAUUUUUUCCAUACACCCUAUAAACACGGAUAGCCGUCAUGAGUCUGACGUCGUAUCUAACGGUCGCCAAUGUCGCCGUGCACGUGCUCGGCACUAUCACGUUCGUCUUCUCCGUCUACUAUAAUUACGUUUAUGUCAACAUACCCACGCACGUGAAUCCCAUCGACGACGCGUUCGGCGGCAAAUUCAAAUACCUCACGUUUUUGGACGGAUGUUUUCAAGCAUUGUUUUUCCUUUAUGCUUUGAUCGUGGACGUUUUCCCGUUGAUUUUCCCUUCUAAAUCAUCGGUCUUGGAAACCUUAGUUCAAGUAAAAAGCUUUUUCUUCGCCAGCGUUGCUUUUCCAUUAAGUAUGUUUGUGUCUACGACCUUUUGGAGCUUGUGGUUUAUCGACCGUAGCUUGGUGAUGCCUAAAGAUAUAGACUUAUAUUUCCCAAUUUGGUUGAACCACACAAUGCAUACGUUUGUAUUCGUAUUCACCUGCUUAGAAAUGGUCACCGCUUACCGACCAUAUCCAUCCCGUAUUUUCGGAAUGACUACACAUAUCUGUCUGCAGUUAUCUUAUUUAAUAUGGAUUCAUAUUGUAUAUAGUCAGUGCCAUAUGUGGGUAUAUCCGAUUCUUACUCAGUUGAACCUGCCAUUGAGAUGCCUUUUCUUCCUUGGCACAUUUGUGUACACAUCUGUCUUAUACAUAGUUGGCGAAUAUUUCAACAAAUUUGUCUGGGGCUAUCAACCUCAAAAGGUACAAAACCAGUACGAUCCUUAAACAAGAAGUUGAAAAGCUCUCUCAAUACUGAUUAUUAUUAUUAUUAUUAUUAUUAUUAUUAUUAUUAUCAUUAAUAUUGUAAUUUGUAAUUAUUACUAUGAUUGUUUUUUUGAUGACGGAUAUUCGAUAAAAAAUGUUCGAAUCUUUCGAUUCAAGACUGUACAACAAUGGAUCUUAAGACGAAAUUGUAUAAGAUAAUGUGAUUAUUAUAUUGUAUGGACGUGUGAAAUAUUUUAUUUUUAUUACCUACUUUAUUGCUAUUGUCUUUUUAGUAUUAAUAUUUUUAUUAUUUGUGUGUGUGUGUGUGUGUGUGUGUGUGUAUGUACGCGCGAUUGUGUGCUUAUGUGCGCACGUGUGUAUGUGUGUAUAAUAUAUAUAUAUAUAUAAAAUAUAAAAUAAUAUUACUGUAUAUUACACUUAAA